AUGGUAUAUACCAAGGUGAAUUCGCUAGAUGAGGCAAAUUAUGAUACACUUCAGUGGCUUCCAGAAAAUGCUCCUUAUGUUGAAGUUGAUCCGGAAAAAAUAAAAAUAAUUGAAACUCCGACGGAAUUUUAUGACAAAUUACUGUGUUUAAUUCGAGAAGCUAAGGAAAGGAUCGUGAUCUCAACUUUAUACUUGGGCUGUGGCAGCUAUGAAGAGGCUCUGGUGGACGAAUUGGAAAAAGCAUUAGAUAUGAAUCCAAAUAUAAAAAUGAGUAUCCUUAUGGAUUACCUCAGGGGUACGCGUGGGGGAGCAAAAAGCAGUUCAGUCGUGUUGUUAAAAAGGCUGAUGCCGCUUGCGUCAGUGUAUUUAUUCCAUACGCCAUGUUUACGCGGUCUCAAGAAAAUGAUAUUGCCUGAAAGAGUGAAUGAAGUGAUCGGCUUGCAACACAUGAAACUUUUGCUGUUCGACAAUCACGUUAUCUUUACCGGCGCUAAUCUUUCGCACAUCUAUUUUACAAAUCGGCGGGAUAGAUACAUACUUAUCGAGAAUUGUCCACAGCUCGCAGAUUUUGUUGAUUCGUUGGUUGAGGCUGUUGGAUCAUGUUCGUUCAUGUUGAAUGUGCGAGGAAUAACCAGUCUGGCUGAAAAAUGCGAUGUUCAUCCUUUUAAAGGGAGUUUUGAAGCAUACAAGAGCAUGCUACACAGCCGAGUUAUGUCAGCGCUAAAUGCAUUCAGCAAACAAUCUGAUUCAAGAAGCACUUUCACUACUGGUACACGAAUAUAUCCAUUGUUACAAAUGGGCAUCGUAUCGAUCAAUCAGGAAUUCGAGUUUUUAAAAAAUUUACUAUCUCUGCAGAAUCCUCAGUUAUCGUUAACAGUAUCAUCAGGCUAUUUCAAUUUUACUGAUUGUUACAUUGAUCUGGUAGCAAAGCAGAACUCUUUCGAAAUGGAUAUCGUUUAUGCAUCACCUCAAGCAAACGGGUUCUAUCAAGCGUCUGGUUUGUUUGGCUUCAUACCGUUGAUGUAUGUUUAUAUCUCACAUCUUUUCUAUAAAAUGAUUGGUCCGAACAUUCGACUGUUUGAAUACAAUAGACCAGGAUGGUCCUAUCACGCAAAAGGCCUGUGGAUUGAUUCGAAACAAUCAUCCCUUUUGGCUACUAUGAUUGGCUCGUCGAAUUUCGGACAUCGCUCUGUACAUCGCGAUCUCGAGGCGCAGUUCCUUAUAAUUACCUGUGAUGAAAAAUUGAAAGUAAAGUUACAAGAGGAACGUUCACGAAUACUGGACUAUGCAAUAAAAGUAGGCACUGCAACUUUUUUACGACGUGAUCAUUUUGUCCCGUUCUGGAUUCGUUUAAUUUCCCGAUUUAUUCGAAAUUAUUUCUGA